GACUGCUUGGAAUUUGAGGAAACCCUGCGGAGAGGACAGCCUGUUAGACUCUCACUGCAGUCGACGGUGUGGACUCCGUUCUCUGAGUCUCUUCUUUAAUAAGAGCAAGAUGGUGUCCUCCAAGCUCAAGUGGUUGAUUGUGGUCCAGCUCCUGCUCAGUGAACACGCUCUGUGCAGGACGCAGCCUUUGGGCCACGGUGAUUCCUUCCAUGGAAACGGCGUGACAGCCACACCGGGUCCUCAAAGGCUUUCGUCGGAUGCGGAAGAACAGAGCCUCAAGUCAGCCGAGCGCAUUGUAUCCCUCCUAAAAGCAAAGCUUCAAGAGAAGAUUCCGGCUCUCCACCUUGACGGGAACGUCACCUGUGGUGAGCUGCUCUCUGCCAGCGCCCUGGAUGACUCUUUGUCCUCCAUGUUCCCUCAGGAGCUACUGGCUCUUUCUUUGGUGCCAGUGCUGGUGGUGGCAGACUGCCCACAGGAGGCCCACGGCCUGGUGAUCAAGCUCUAUGGCCAGCUGGGGGUGGACGACACUGACCAGCUCCUCCUGGAAGUGCAAGAUCUGAUCCAGAGAAGGUGGAAGUUGGCAUCGGAACACUCCCCUCGGGAGAGCGGGCGCCACCUGGAGGCCGUGAUGUUUAACAUCCAGCAGCUGGCCACAGUGGAGCACGGCGUGGGACGAGCCGAGAGGACGUCAAGUUGUGAGGGUUGGACCCGAGUGAAUGGAACCGCACUGCUUGGGGAAGUUGUCAACGUUGCCCCCGGUGAGCUGGAGGAGGCCAUGGACACCUGCGAGAGACUGGCGGUCAGGUGCGCCGGUGUCAAAAGCAGUGGACUUCCUGGACGCUAUCAGGUGGUUUUCAAGAGAGGGAGUCGCAUUCUUCCCUCGCCAUCUGCCGAAUGUUGGAUCCAUCGGUGCUCCGUUAGCCGCAUGCGACGCAGCCUCCAGAGGGGAUGCGUCAACCAAAACGAGGAGCGCGUGUACCAGGUGAUGGAGUGGAUCCCUGCGGUCAGCACGCUCUACAACCUGGGCACGGCCGUGUAUUACGCCUCGGUCAACUGCUCUGAAACGGCCAAAGAAAGGGCCGUGCUCACCGCUGUGGACAUCGGCACGGAUGUCCUUAUGGUCGCUACGGGCGGAACUGCCGGUGUGGCCGGUUACGCUCUCGGAGCCGGGGUAAAAACAGGGGUGAAAGCCGGGAUCAAGUACCUGCUUAACUCCUUGAAGGCUGAAGAUGAUGUGCUGGUGAACCUGUCCGGCUGGCAGGAUGGUGUCUUCACGGUCCAGUAAACCCAUAUCGCCUUGACAUAGUAUUUCUUUCAUAAUCAAAUGUGAAUCAAUCUACAAUCCUAGGAUGGGCGAUACUGCACAGUAUAGAUCAGGAAAUGCAGAGCCAGUAUCGCUGAUAUACUGAUGCUUUUUACGUGACAUGUUUCAAGAUCAUCGACUGAUUUUGUGAAAGUGCUUUUCAUUUGUUGACCAUGAUUGCAUUCAGAAUAAAACACAAGGACAAAUAUGUCCAUUAACAUACUUAUUUAUCGCAAUACAAGUAUCCCCUUUUGUUUAUUAGACAACCGUGCAACAAAAAAAAACAA